AUGUCAGGCGAGGAAGACAACUGGGAGACCCAGCCCGACGGCGCGGAGGACGAUUGGGGCGAAGAGGAGAAGGAGGAAGACGAUUGGGUAGAGGAGAAGGAGGACGAUACCCAGUGGACCAACAUUUAAGGUCAGCUUUUAGCAUCCAUCUUUCUUGGCAUCUUGCUACCCUUGUUUUUCCUUGUUCCACCACUUGUUCGGCAUACGCGUCAGCCGCUUGCUCCAAAGUGGAUACAGUGAAAAAAGGGGUCAAGAUGAGGGGACCAAUAUGGAUUCCGGCUGCAUCUAAAACAUACCAACUCCAAAAGAUCAGCAGUCAUCCUGUACUUCUCCUACGGAGAAUGAAGGUCUCGUAGUACCCUCUUCAGCAGUAGAAGAUCUUGGAGCUGCAAAGGAGACGCUGUUGCCUAAGGAGGUAGAUAUGAAGAAGACCAUCAACAGUUGGACGGAUUUUGAGGUAAAGCAAUUCCCGGACCUCGAGAAGAUGGUAAACGAGUACCUCAAGCCGAAAUUGAGCGACGCUACCGCGAAAGCUGCGCACAACAAGUGCUUAGCGUUAGCGGUAGAACAGAACUUUGCGAAGCUAGAUCAAGGACAAAUGCAAGUGUUCCAGAAGGAACUGGAGAAAAUGGUAGUGGCGAAGAAGGCCCAACAGAAGAAGAAGGAGGCGGAAGCGAAAAAGGAGGCGACAGCAGCGGAGGAAGCAGCCCGUAAGGCGGCAGAGGAACAGAAGAAAAAGGAAGCAGAGGCAAAGGGAGAAAGCUAUGUAGCCGAUGAGGACUUCUUUGCGGGACUCGAAUAGUAGUGCGAGCUUCUCGAAAAGAAUUAUCGUACUUCAUCUCUGGUGCUGACAAACAAGAGACUACUUCAAUGACGACGAGGAGUCGCUGUUAUUGUACCCUAUUCCUGUCUCGACCGUCACAAGGAUCUUCCUAAGUCUACCUCUAUUUCGCUGCGCUGCGUAAGACAACUUCAAACAGCACGGUAAAAACUUCAAAAUAUCACAUCUUCAUCUUCUGUAACCAAGACCUCUUCAUCAUACCAAAAACUUCUUCUUCUUCUACAAAGUACGAACAACUUAUGCUACAACACACAGUAGCAAAUAAUAAGACAACUACGCUUCUUCAACAUUUACAAGCGGUGGGAGUAGCCACACUCGAGUCGUCGAUGAUCGAAUGGCCACAUGCUAUGCCGCAAAUUACGGUUCUCCCCUUCGUGUGAUGAACAAGUGGCUACGCAAUUUUAGCCUCUCUUCUCAUGGACGAGGACCACUUUUUUCCCUACAACGCAGCUGUCCCCCAUAAGGAGAACGCUAUCCCUAACAUUCACUUUCACAUUGUGCUGAACUAGUUGCUACGCAGUGAACGACGAAUGCUAUCCCUCACAAGGACAAGUUAGAGUGCAACGCUGAUUGUGAUUGGAGGAUUAUUUGCAGAGGUAUAAAAUAUUUUGUUGAUUUUUCAUCAAUGAAUCUUCGAAUGGUUGUUCUGCAGCUAGAAGUACAAACAGAAGCUUUAAGAGAUUGAUUUUUUGGAUCAUGUUCUACCGUCAGCAUACCCUUUUCCAUCGUCAGCAUCCCAUUUUCCAUCUCGAAAAGCGAUGAUGCAAACUCAGGUACAACUUCCGCACUAAAAAGAGGCGCAUCAAUCCGGCCCUUCUCCUUGCCGGUUUUUCUCUGCAUGUGUCGUUUUUCUGGGAUUAGGACUCUGCGGUGGAAAGGAUGAAGAGACCGGCUAGAAGCCUGUAGAUUGGUAUCAUCAAGUUCUCGGGUAUUGAUUUCUCAGUUACCUUCUUCUUUGGGUAGGUGGGGGAUGUGAAAAUGUGGGGGAUGUGAACGGGAUAUGAAAGUGUGUCCAACUUCAACACGCAUUACCAAAACUUCACCUUCAUCGAGAAUAUAAUUAUAGCCCGCGACUUUUACAAGUGAUGACACGGCUCAGUGUGGUUGUACAACCUGACUUGUGAUUUCUAGCAACCCGAAACGACACAU